UGAAAGAAUUCCCAGUGAAGCUGAGAAACGCCUUCAUACAAAGAGUAUUAAUCCAACUCACCCUGAGCAAAGCAGAGAUCACAAACUAGACGUUGCUGAGGGACAAGUUAUAGGGGCAGCAGCAUCACCAUCACGGUGAACAAUUUACCACAGAUACCAGAGAGAGAACAGAAAGCAGAACAGAAAUCCUGCAGGACUGGCACAGCAAGCAUGGAUUGCACCAACCAGAGUGCAAACAUUACCACCAGACCUCUCCUGCCUCCAAGUCUGCUUCCAUCAGUAUCCUCUCCAUCCCUUUCCACUCCUUCGACAAUGCCAGUCCCACCAGGUGUGCCAAUGUCGGCAUCAUUCCUGAAGCCCCCCACUCUGCUAUUAAGAGCUGCAGCAGCAGCUGCUGCUGCUGCCUGCACCCCAAGGAUGGCAAUGUCUCUGGACAGAGGAACAGGGUCAGGUGCUAGUGGUUUGUACCCGAGAACACCAAAGUGUGCAAGAUGCCGCAACCAUGGUGUGGUAUCAGCACUGAAAGGACACAAGCGUUUCUGUCGUUGGAGGGACUGCUCCUGUGCAAAGUGUACGCUAAUAGCAGAGAGGCAACGCGUAAUGGCUGCACAGGUGGCACUCAGAAGGCAGCAGGCACAGGAGGAGUGUGAGGCCAGGGGUGUGCAACACUUCAUGUACCCAGUGUCAGGCACAGGGGUGGAGGCAGUCGGACACAGGGUCCAAGGACAUCAGCUGCUCAACCAGUCAGGGAAUAAAGGUUCAGAUGAAAAAAAUGAAAAGAAUGAACAAUAUUUUCAAAAAGUAUCAAGAUCAAUGGCAGUUUCCCAUUCUCUUUCACAAUGCUCUCCACACGGCAUAACCAACAUGCACCAUAACCUGAAGACUCUGUGUCCAGAAACCUCAAGCAGGGAAAAUUCUCUUCAGUCCCCUGUAUCAGAAACCAGAUCAGAAGGUGCUGAUAGUCCACAUUCUCUGUCUUCUUCUUCUGACCAGGAAUCAGGAAACGAAAGUGAGUGGCCUAAAGAGCAUAGUGACCCUAAUUCAAAAGUCCCAAUUGUAUCGUCUAAACACAGAGAUCCCCUGGAGAUCCUGAGCAAAGUCUUCCCAAGCCACAAACAGAGCACACUAGAAAGAAUCUUGCAGUGCUGCAAAGGGGAUGUGGUUCAAGCCAUAGAACUGGUUUUAAAUGGAGAAGAACACAAACAAGAUGUAAAGGAUAUAGGAAGUCCAUUAGGAUCUGACCUUAGCUCGUUUACAAGAGAUCCAACAUUCAAUCUCGCUGGUUUUGGGUUUGGUGCAUUUGGCACUAAAUCUGCAUUUUCUCCUCUUCACGCGAGCCCAUCUUCUAUUGAAGGUGACACAAGUAUAUUUAACCCUAGACUUGGGCUUAGCCCCAUGCGCUUGGCUUACUCAACAUCUAACAGAGGACUACCUGGUUUUAUAUCGCCUUAUAUUACAUCGGGGUUUGUUCCAUCAUUUCCAUUCCGACCUGGAAUGAAUUACUCGUUGCCUGGGAUGCUACAAGAUGCCCCUUAUUAUCAACGUAAGGAUGCUGUAGCCAUCACAGGACUUUAUUCCAGAUUAAACUCGGACAAUCAGUAGUAUUUUAACAUUUCUGUACAAACAUCAAGGGCCUUAUUUGAUUUAACAUAAAAGACUGUAGCUCAUAUAGAAAUAAUUUGUAGAGAAUGUAUAGCUAAAUAAAACUUUUUAUAUGUUUAUUUUUUAAUGUUAGAAACAACAUUUCUUAUGAUGAAACUAUAUUAUUUUGUGGAUAAAUGCAAUAAAAUAGUUAUUUGGUCUUAUACA